UCUGCCUCUGCCUCACCAUUUUCGGAAUAAUUCACAUCUCAAACUCUGGUAUCAUCUUCACUUUUCUCCUUCCACACAAUAUAUCCCUAUCAACUCAACUCUCUCUGCAUGUAUCUUCCUAUGUCUUUUGGCUUAUUUAUCAUGAAAUUUUGAUGCUUUUAUUGUGUGUGGCACUGAUAUGUUCUGUCAAAAUCUCAUUUAAUAAAGGGUCUGAAAACUAUCCCAACUUUUUGUCCUCUUUCACAGUUUCAUCAAAACUUUUUGUCCUGGAGCUCAAUUCUGAUCUAACAUGCCAACUCGUACUUUGGAGUUUUGAAAUACAUAUCCUUGAAAGGUUUGAACUCUGAUCUUAGUUUUCUAAACUAACCAAAUUCCUUUGCCCUGUUCCUUCAGUUCUGUCCAUUGACACAGAAAAGUGUUUGCAAGUCAAGUCCUUUUAGAUCAUAAUAUGCCAGCCAAUCUUCUUUGAAACUUUUGAAUUACCCUAUUCCUUUAUUGCUUUGCUGCUUUUACGUGAUAUUGAUUCUCUGUUCUGCUUCAAUCUGGAAGUUCAUUUAAAUUUGAAGGUCUGAAAAUCAUCCCACCUUUUUGUGCCUCUUCAUAGCUUCAUCAAAAGCUAGUGUGUGUGUGUGUGUGUGUGUGUGUGUGUGUGUGUGUGUGUGUCUUCCUUUGUCCUGGGACGAAAAUCAAAUCAUAUUGUGUCACCCAAUCCAGUUUUGAAGCUUCUAAAUUUCCCUUCAGAGGUUUGAAGUGAACUUUGAAUCUUGUUCCACAGACCAAUCAAACCAUCUUCCCUUCUCAUUCAGUUUAUUCUUCACAAACACACACAGUUGUAAUAAUAAUUGAAGUCCUUCUAGAUCACAACAUCCCCAACAAUUUAUUUUGAAGCUUCUAAAUUGUCCUCUGAAAGGUUUAAACUCUGAGCCUUGUUCUUCACACCUAUCAAAACCGUCUUCCUUUUUUCACCGAGUAAUUAUCACAAACACAACAAUUGCUAUGCAAGAUCCAAUGGCAUUUCAAUCCAAGAAAAGCCAUGGAUUCCCUGAACAAGAACAGCUCAAGUGCCCACGUUGUGAUUCCAUGAACACCAAGUUCUGCUACUACAACAAUUACAAUCUCUCGCAGCCACGCCAUUUCUGCAAGAGUUGUAGAAGGUACUGGACCAAAGGAGGCACUCUCCGCAACAUACCCGUCGGUGGCGGGAGCCGGAAGAACACAAAACGAUCAUCUAGUAGCGCUAAACGAUUAUCCGCAACACCAUCCUCACAUUCCUCUCCGUCGGUCCCUGGCAGCGCAGACCCGACCCCUGUUUAUACCGACUUGACAAGUCAAAAUUUCAGUUCGCUUCUGGCAUCAUCAUCAACUGGGCAUUUGGGGAGUGUUUUGGAGGGUCUGGAUCCAAAUGGGUCGGGUUUGAAAAUGAUGGAAUCGGGUGAAUUUGGGACGAAUGCGAGCACUGUUGGACGGGUUGUGGACCCGGGUUCGGAGAUGCAGAGUAAUGGUGAUUCAGAGAGGUUUCUGGGUUUGCAGAAUGGUGAAUCGAGCUAUUGGAAUAGCGGUAACGAGUGGUCUGACCUUGCGAUGUAUACACCAGGCUCGAGCUUUCAGUAGAAUCAGAGUCAGAGACAAGAACACAAUAAUCUUCUGCUCAAUCCAGUUGCUUCCUGAUUUAUGGGGUCCUGAUCUUAAUACUUUGACUCUCAGGUCAAAGUAGUAUCAUAGUUAGUUCAAGCUGCUACUGCUUCUUUCCCUUUUUUUUUUUUCCCCUUUCAAAUGAUGAUAUUGGAACGUUGAUGGCAAUACUUCCUAUAAGGUAUGUAUGAUGUUUGGGGUGUAGGAUUAUGAAAUUUGUGUUUUUUUUUUUCGUGAUAUGCAUUAUAUUUUUGUUAUUAUUAUUUAACUAGAUGUGGAUUUUAUAUAUUUAGUUUUAAAUUUAAGAUAAGUUUUA